AUGGAAUCAGUGGAUCAGUCAUGUAGUGUUCCUCCGGGAUUCAGGUUCCAUCCAACAGAUGAAGAGCUCGUUGGUUACUAUUUGAGGAAAAAAGUCGCAUCACAAAAGAUCGAUCUUGAUGUCAUUAGAGAUAUUGAUCUUUAUAGAAUCGAACCAUGGGAUCUACAAGAGAGAUGCCGAAUCGGAUAUGAGGAACGAAAUGAAUGGUAUUUCUUCAGCCACAAAGACAAGAAAUAUCCAACAGGAACAAGGACAAACAGAGCGACCAUUGCCGGUUUUUGGAAAGCCACGGGUCGAGACAAGGCUGUUUACGACAAGUCAAAACUGAUCGGUAUGAGGAAAACACUUGUAUUCUACAAAGGAAGAGCCCCUAAUGGCCAAAAAACUGACUGGAUCAUGCAUGAAUACCGGCUAGAGUCAGAUGAGAAUGCACCUCCUCAGGAAGAAGGGUGGGUGGUUUGUCGAGCUUUCAAGAAAAGACCAACGACCGGACAAGCCAAGAACACGGAAACUUGGAGCUCGAGUUACUUUUACGAUGAAUUACCGAGUGGAGUAAGCUCGGUUAUGGAGCCUCUCAAUUACGUAUCUAAGCAGAAACAAAACAUUUUUGUACAAGAUUUAAUGUUCAAGCAAGAACAAGAAGGAUCGGACUUUGGUGUAAACUUCAUUCACUGCGAUCAAUUCAUUCAACUUCCACAGCUCGAAAGCCCUUCACUCCCUCUAAUGAAGAGGCCAGUGAGCUUGACGUCAAUUACAUCAUUGGAGAAGAAUCCCAGUAACUACAAAAGACAAUUAGUAGAAGAGGAUGGGAGCUUAACCGCGCUAAUAAGUAGCGAAAAUAAAAAUAAGCACAAGAAGAAAACAUCAGUGACGGAUUGGAGAGCUCUAGAUAAAUUUGUUGCUUCUCAACUCAUGAGCCAAGAAGAUGGAAUUUCGGGUUUUGGAGGUCACCAAGAAGACGAUGACAAUAAAAUCGGUCAUUGCAAUAAUGAAGAGAGCAGUAACAACGGAGUAGAAAUGACUUCUUCAACUUUAUUGAGUGAUAGAGAAGAAGAGAACAGAUUCAUCAGUGGGUUAUUGUGUACGAACUUGGACUAUGACUUAUAUAGGGAUUUACAUGUUUGA